AGACAGAAAUUGGAUAGAGAGAUAACAGACCGUGGCAGCAGACAUUUUCUACCACCACCAUAUUCCUUUCAUCUUUGCUUUUACAGAUUCUUUAUGAGUUAUACUAGUGUUUAUAUGAACCAAAACUCUUAAUUAUUGACUGGCUAUCCAAAAGUUGUGCUAGUUGAAAGAGAGGAUUCAAGAAGAAAAACUAGCGUGUAAUUUUCAUAUUAAGGACACAUCCAAGAUUCUUUGUCUGGGGUUGUGUUUUUGCUUUGUCCUGGUUGGAGAAUCUUGAUUUGGCCCAUUGUUUCUUUGUUUUGAGCUUAACUGGGUUCAGUAGACUGCAAAAGGGUUUGCGUUUGAUGCGUAGUUGGAUGAGUUUGUUCCAUGUAAUUGGGUUUGGCGUAAAAUUGGGGAACCUACUUUUGACUCUAUGUUGCUGGUUUGUGUCUCUGAUUUUUUCCAUGAAUGGUGAAGUAAUGACUAGCAAGACUUUGCUUGGUGAUGGGGAGCACAUAGUAAAGAAAUUGUGGGAGCUCACUGCUAAGAUUUACCAUUCUUACCCUCAGUAUGUUGGAAACAGGAAAGUGGGAAACAAAUGGUGGAGGAAGCUUUUGAUAGCUUGGCUAUUAUUUUGGAUUAUUGUUUCUUUUUCAGUCUUGUGGUACAUGAACUCUAAAGCUUUUGAAAAGAGAAAAGAAACACUUACAAGUAUGUGUGAUGAGAGGGCUAGGAUGUUACAAGAUCAGUUUAAUGUUAGUAUGAACCAUGUGCAGGCCAUGUCUAUUCUCAUCUCAACUUUCCACCAUGCCAGGAACCCUUCUGCUAUUGAUCAGAGUACUUUUGCAAGCUAUACAGAAAGAACAGCUUUUGAGCGGCCUCUUACAAGUGGAGUGGCAUAUGCCGUAAGAGUGCUCCACUCAGAAAGAAAAGAGUUUGAGAAGCGACACGGUUGGAGUAUUAAGAGAAUGGAUACACUUGAACAAACUCCAGUUCACAAAGACAAUGAGUAUGAUAGAGAUGGCCUGGAGCCAUCUCCAGUUCAGGCAGAAUAUGCCCCUGUUAUUUUUGCACAGGAUACAAUUGCACAUGUAAUUUCUGUUGAUAUGCUCUCCGGAAAGGAAGAUCGCGAGAAUGUUUUACGUGCGAGGGAAUCAGGAAAGGGUGUCCUCACGGCUCCCUUCAAGCUACUAAAAACAAAUCGCCUUGGGGUGAUAAAGACAUUUGUGGUUUACAAAACUGAUCUUCCUUCUAAUGCAACUCCAAAUGAAAGGAUCCAAGCAACUGACGGGUAUCUUGGUGGAGUCCUUGACAUUGAAUCACUUGUAGAGAAGCUUCUUCAGCAGCUUGCGAGCAAACAAAGUAUCCUUGUGAACGUCUAUGAUACGACUAAUUUCUCCCAUUCUAUUAGCAUGUAUGGUUCAAAUGUGUCAAGUGAUGGUGUGGAGCAUGUCAGUGCCCUCAACUUUGGGGAUCCAUUUAGAAGGCAUGAGAUGCGUUGCAGAUUCAAACAGAAACCACCAUGGCCUUGGCUAGCCAUCACAACUGCGACAGGAAUCCUCAUAAUUGCAUUGCUUAUAGGGCAAAUAUUUCAUGCAACAAUCAACAGAAUAGCCAAAGUUGAGGAUGAUUAUCAUGAGAUGAUGAUGCUGAAAAAGCGUGCCGAGGCUGCUGAUGUUGCAAAAUCACAGUUUCUUGCUACCGUUUCCCAUGAGAUCAGGACCCCCAUGAACGGCGUUCUUGGCAUGCUUCAUAUGCUUGUGGACACCAAUCUUGAUGUGACACAACAAGAUUAUGUCAGCACUGCUCAGGCCAGUGGUAAAGCUUUAGUUUCACUCAUAAAUGAGGUUUUGGACCAAGCAAAGAUUGAAUCUGGUAAGCUUGAGCUUGAGGCAGUUUGUUUUGAUGUGAGAUCUACUCUGGAUGAGGUUCUGUCGCUCUUUUCAGGGAAAUCUCAAGAAAAAGGAGUUGAGUUGGCAGUUUACAUCUCUGAUAAGGUUCCUGAUGUGCUCAUUGGUGACCCUGGACGGUUUCGUCAGAUUAUCACAAACUUGAUGGGAAACUCUAUCAAAUUCACUGAGAAAGGUCAUAUAUUUGUGACGGUCCAUCUUGUCGAGGAAGUGAUCAAGUCAGCUGAGGAGUUCAAGAUGGAAUCAUUGCUAAAGAGCACUUUGAGUGGAUUGCCUGUAGCCGAUAAACAACAGAGCUGGAGAAGUUUCAUGGGUUUCAAUCAAGAUGGAUCUUCUCUCACAUCUUCCUCGUUGGACCAGAUCAAUCUAAUGGUUUCAGUAGAAGACACUGGUGUUGGAAUUCCUUUAGAUGCUCAAUCUCGUAUAUUCACCCCCUUCAUGCAGGUUGGUCCUUCUAUUGCUCGCAUCCAUGGGGGAACUGGUAUUGGACUUAGCAUAAGCAAAUGUUUGGUACAGCUUAUGAAAGGUGAAAUUGGAUUUGUAAGUUUGCCAAAGAUUGGAUCUACCUUUACUUUUACUGCUGUUUUCACCAAUGGCCACAAUAAUUGGAAUGAGAAGAAGAGCCAGCAAAUAAACAAUCAAUCGAACACUGUUUCUUCAGAUUUCCAUGGCAUGAGAGCCUUAAUUGUUGACCCAAGAACUGUCCGUGCAAGGGUCUCACAGUAUCACAUGAAACGACUUGGAGUCCAUACUGAAGUGGUCUUAGAUUUGAAUCAUGGUUUGUCUUAUGUAAGAACUGAAAAUGGAGUCACAAAUAUGAUCCUCAUUGAACAGGAGGUGUGGGAUACUGAUUUGGGAAAGUCAAGUCUCUUUAUCAAAAACUUAAGAAAGAUCAACACUAGUACUUCUCCCACACUUUUUAUAUUAGCUAAUUCUAUAAAUUCUAGCCGAGCAGGCAUCUCAGCCAAAGGUUUUCCUACUCCAUUUGUCAUCAUGAAGCCGCUAAGGGCAAGUAUGCUUGCUGCAUCACUCCAACGAGCCAUGGGUGUUGGUAACAAAGGAAAUAGUACGAAUGGAGAGCUCUCCGGUCUCUCUCUUUCCAAGCUCCUUCAGGGGAGAAAAAUUUUGAUUGUGGAUGACAACAACGUGAACCUUAGAGUAGCUGCUGCUGCACUGAAGAAGUAUGGUGCUGAUGUUGUCUGCACAGACAGUGGAAAAAAAUCACUGACUUUUUUACAACCACCUCAUCAAUUUGAUGCCUGUUUCAUGGAUAUUCAGAUGCCAGAAAUGGAUGGGUUUCAAGCUACAAAAAUAAUCCGCGAAAUGGAAUCUGAUAUCAAUAGCCGUAUCCAACUUGGACAGCUUCCUUCUGAAGCGUAUGGUAAUAUUUCAAGCUGGAAAGUGCCCAUUUUAGCCAUGACUGCUGACGUAAUUCAAGCUACAAAUGAACAGUGUCAGAAAUGUGGAAUGGAUGGUUAUGUUUCGAAGCCAUUUGAGGCUGAGCAGCUUUAUCAAGAAGUAUCACGCUUUUUCCAGAUCAAACCAAAUCAGAAUACCUGAAGAGCAUUCCUGGUGAAUUCUUAUGAUAACCUCGAGUAGAAAUGCCAUCGACUUCAUGGUGCCUCGGGGUCGUUCGCAUUUUCUUUUUUCGAACUGCGAGUGCUCUAUGUCCCAAGCAUGAUUACUUUUGUAGGUUAGAAUACUUGUUCAAAAUCUUGAUGUCAACCACUUGGAUUCCAGUGCAUUCUUUUUCAGGGAAUGAAUCUCUGAAACUACACACAGAAUGUACAUAAACUUGAAGGAUUACUUUUGGAUUCUUUGUUGGGGGUUUGAUCUCGCAUCUUCCAAGCUUGAGGAGUGGAGGAGGACUUGUGCUUGUCUCAUCAAGAAAGAAACCUUAAAAGAGUUUUCAAUCCUUUUGAUGCUUUAGGCUUCUCAGUAUGGAUUUUGCCUGAAGUUAGCAUAGAGAGUGGUUAUAGUUUAUAUAGCAACAAACAUUGUUUGUAACAGAAAUAUGUUUCAUGUAUAUUCUCAAAUCCUACAAGGCACAUAGGGAAGUAGUCAUAAUAGGUGAAAAAAGGUUUAGUUCAGUCAGUCAUAGUUGACAUAAACAUAGGGACAGCAAACAGCUGAAUUGCUCUUCUUUUUUUUUGCUUGUGUAUAGUACAAAGAACAAGUUUGAUGGACAUUUUGAUAGUAAGCAUUUACAUGUUGCAGAUGUACAAGUAUUUGAUACUCUGGAAGUUACACGAGUAUAUAGUUUAUACGAA